UAAGCGCUGACAUCAGAUCUACCAUGACUGACGCUGACGCCACAGCAGCGGUGCAGCGCUGAAAGGGUUCCGGUGUGUACCCUGUCAUGACUAAGGUUCCGCCUCCUCCCGAUCUGAAAGCCAGUUAUAUUCUGUGUGUGGCCAUUCUGGGCCAUGGAUACAACCUUUAGCAGUCGCAAAAUCUGUUUAUUGACGCCUAGCUAAUAAAGACUUCAACCUGGUUAAAGCAACAGUGGCCAGAUUGGUUACAGGAUUGGAGUCAGGUGUGUUGACCGGUGAAUGCAUAGAGUCAAGAAGGUCAGACUUUGUGACAAUAAAGAGGGUAUUUGGAAAAGCUGUGUGGCUGUGAGCAUGACAGCGGUGGACGGCCUUUCGGACAGCACAGAGGUGGUGGAGAUGGAGGAUGUGCCAUCUCAGUUCUUUGUGGAGAAACACUCUUGGGAGGGCCUCCGCGAUAUUAUCCACUGUAGCAGGAAGUACUCGGGCAUGAUCGCCAACAAGGCCCCCCACGACUUCCAGUUUGUGCAGAAGAAGGACGACAAUGGGCCCCACUCCCACCGCUUGUACUACCUCGGAAUGCCUUACGGAAGCAGAGAGAACUCGUUACUCUACUCAGAGAUUCCCAAGAAGAUACGCAAAGAGUCCCUUUUAGUGUUGUCAUGGAAACAGAUGCUGGAUCACUUCCAGGCUACACCACACCAAGGGGCCUACUCCCGGGAAGAGGAGCUGCUCAGAGAGCGUAAACGUUUGGGAGCGUUUGGUAUCACUUCUUAUGACUACCAUUCCCAGACAGGCUUGUUUCUCUUCCAAGCCAGCAACAGCCUCUUCUACUGUCAAGACGGAGGCAACAAUGGCUUCAUUCAGUCUGCACCAGUAAAGCCUGUGGAAAUCAAGACCCAGUGCUCCGGGACCCGGAUGGACCCAAAGAUCUGCCCCGGAGACCCUGACUUCAUAGCCUUCAUCAACAACAAUGACCUGUGGAUAGCCAACAUUAAGACGGGCGAGGAAAGGAGACUCACGUACUGUCAUAAAGGUGUAGAUAAUGUUAAAGAGGACCCUAAGUCUGCAGGUGUAGCAACAUUCGUCAUCCAGGAGGAGUUUGACCGUUUCACUGGCUACUGGUGGAGUCCCUCAGCAGUAGAAGACCCCAGCGGAGGUAAAACGGUUUACCUUCUGUACGAAGAGGUGGACGAGACGGAAGUAGAAAUCAUUCAUGUUCCAUCUCCGGCGCUGGAGGAGCGGAAAGCGGACGCAUACAGAUAUCCUCGCACAGGUAGUAAAAAUCCCCAGGCUACCCUGAAACUGGCCGAGAUCAAGACCGACCAUCAAGGAAGAAUCGUGAGCACACAAGAUAAAGAGCUGGCUGCCCCCUUCACCUCUUUGUUUCCUGGGACAGAGUACAUCGCAAGAGUAGGAUGGACAAGUGACGGCAAAUAUGGCUGGGCAGUGCUGCUGGACCGCAGUCAGAGGAAACUACAGCUGGUUCUGCUGCCUCCAGCGCUCUUCAUCCCUGUGACGGACGACCCAGCUCUGAGGCAGGAGAGUCUGGAGGCUGUGCCCAGCAACACUCAGCCGUACAUCAUCUACGAAGAGACCACAGAUGUCUGGAUAAAUGUCCAUGACAUAUUCUAUCCUUUUAUUCAAACAACAGAAGAUGAGUUUACAUUCAUUUGGGUAAAUGAGUCAAAAACGGGUUUCAGUCAUCUGUAUAAGAUCACAUCCCUCUUACAAGUGGGCUCCUACCGUUGGACAGAUGACUACCAACACAUAGAGGGAGACUUCAAAUGUGCAAUCAAGGAGGAGGUUACAUUGACCAGUGGAGAAUGGGAAGUGCUGGCCAGACAUGGUUCCAAGAUCUGGGUGAAUGAGGCGACAAAGUUGGUGUACUUCCAGGGCACUAGAGACACUCCUCUGGAGCACCACCUCUACGUGGUCAGCUAUGAUUUGCCUGGAGAUGUGGUCAGACUAACCAAACCUGGCUUCUCUCAUAGCUGCUCUGUUAGUCAGAACUUUGACUUUUUUGUCAGCCACUACAGUAACGUGAGCACGCCCCCCUGUGUUCACGUCUACAAACUGACUAGCUCAGAGAGCGACCCGUUACGCGUGGUGCCCGAGUUCUGGGCCAGCAUGAUGGAAGCACCAGGUUGCCCGGGUGAUUACAAUCCACCUGAGAUCUUUGAUUUCCAAGGGAACUCAGGCUUCCGGCUGUAUGGGAUGGUGUACAAGCCUCACAACAUGCAGCCUGGCAGGAAACACCCGACGGUUCUCUUUGUGUACGGAGGCCCACAGGUGCAGCUGGUUAACAACUCCUUCAAGGGGAUGAAGUACCUCCGCCUGAACACCCUGGCUUCUCUGGGCUACGCUGUGGUCGUCAUCGAUGGGAGGGGUUCCUGUCAGAGGGGCCUUGAAUUUGAAGGAGCUCUGAAAAACAAAAUGGGUCAGGUGGAGAUUGAAGACCAGGUGGAGGGGCUGCAGUACGUGGCGGAGAAGUUUAACUUCGUGGACCUGAGCCGUGUCGCCAUCCACGGCUGGUCCUACGGAGGUUUCCUCUCCCUCAUGGGCCUCAUCCAACGGCCCAAUGUCUUCAAGCUGGCUAUUGCAGGCGCCCCGGUGACCGUGUGGAUGGCCUACGACACGGGCUACACAGAGCGCUACAUGGACGUGCCUGAGAACAACCAGCAGGGCUACGAGGAAGGAUCAGUGGCGCUGCACGUGGACAAGCUGCCUAGCGAGCCCAACCGUUUGCUCAUUCUCCAUGGAUUUCUGGAUGAGAACGUGCACUUUUUCCACACCAACUUCCUAGUGUCACAGAUAAUCCGUGCUGGGAAGCCUUACCAGCUUCAGGUUUAUCCUAAUGAGCGGCACAGUAUUCGCUGCCCUGAGUCUGGAGAGCACUACGAGAUAAUGCUGCUGCACUUUCUACAACAAUACCUCUGAAAUAAAAUGAGACAACAGGGGAGAAGUGACGUCUAGUUUUACCCCUCCAGUUGUCCGCUCAUCUUUAUUCUCCAUGACGCCCCCCUCCCUCCCUCCCUCCCUCCCUCCCUCCCCAUGUUGCCCACCGUUCAUGCCCGUCAUCAAGAAACACAUCGUUCACAGGGCCACUGUCUCCUGUGAACCAGUCAUCUCACUUCACUAUAUUCCCUCUUUCACUCUUUCUGUCUUGUUCUGUUACUCACUCGCUCGGUGCUCUGUCUCCUCUAUGCCCUCCCUCCCCGUGUACAGUCUGGGGUAUGGUUUACGAGCACAGACAUUUGGUGUCUCACCCUGAAAACUGAACAAAGACAAGGACAUAUGGAGAAAUAUUUGCAGGCUGUGUCACAUUGACUCAUCGCUCACCCGCGUCCUCAUCUCUAUAGCCAUGAUGGUUUUUGCCAAAUGUUAUCGUGUUGUUCUUCCCUUCGCCCCGCCCCGCGUCAUUCACUUAAGAGUGGUAGGAACGGGGUUACAGUUCAUGGAUAUGAAAUGGAAUCUAUACACAUAUUCGCAGACAUGAGCCCGCACACUAUACGUACAUAUGUAAAAUACAGAUUAUUUCCUACACAGACACUCACGAAGACACAGAAUCGCAAUAUCCAUGCAUACUGUGGGUCUGCACCCUUGCAGUUUGUGUAACGAUGAAGAAAGGAAGAAAAUCAAGGCUCUUCCUCUGUCCACUUGUUUUUAGUGUGUGUUGUUUAAAAUCAGAUAUUUUUAUGGAUUUUUAUUUUUUCUUUUUAAAUGAGCGGCAACGGAGGCCGCUCAUCGAUAUUUCUGUGCCGUUUUCUCCCUCACAUCACAUUGCUCGAACUGUCUGCUUGCCUUCUUAACACAUAAUUUAUAUUUGCCAAAGUACCUCUUGACUCUUGAUCAUGCUGGUAUUUCCUUUUUUUACUGCAAUAAAGACAACCGGAGGGUGAGCACUGGAGUCUUACAACAGCUUUGUACCACCGAAAUACAAUUUGUACAUGAUGAUGAAUAAAUGUAUGAAUCAAUCACA